AUGGAUGAGGAACAGUUCUUUACGCGCCCAACGCGCGAACUCACUGGCCUUUUCACCCAGACCAUCCUUCCCAGCCCUGUUGUUCAGUGGAUUCUCCCUGCUCGUCUUCGAAGCAACCACCACAACGAUGUUGUCUUUGUGGGCCAGCGUCGAGUGCAGGUCAAAGAGGCUUCCACUAGUGGCUACCUAGAAGAUGUGACUGAGAAGAAUGACUUUGAUCACUCCAUUAUCGGGGCCAAGGUUAUUAAUGUGAAUACUGAACUUCCGUGGGACACCCAGCUAGGAACAGCUGGUGCCGAUGAUCAAAUGCAUGACGACUCAGACUUCCUCGAUCGCCUCCCUUCUCAGAUUCUUGUUCUUUCUCUUGAGAUGAGAGAGCUUCAGUUCCUAUAUUGUCCGAUAUCUGGUGAUGACAAAUUCGUGACAUUUCGCCGGCCCUUGCCGGUUGAUGUCGAUCUGGCCGAAAGGUUCGGAAAGCGUAUUGCCGUUGACCCAAAAUCGCGAGCAGUCGCAGUCAGUGCAUCGAGCCAGUACUUUGGACUGCUCCUCCUCAAAUCCCCCAAAGAAAUCCAGCAGCAGAUGGCUGAAGGGAAACUCGAUCCUAUUAAAAGUGAACAUUUCUACAGCUGUGAUGGAACUAUCCAGUUUAUGGAGUUUCUCUAUCCCAGAGCUGCCGACGACAAGAGAAUCAUUCUUCUCAUUGUCUCCUCUAGUGCUGAGGGCUCAUUUGCCAGAAUCUUUCAAUGGGAUGAUCGAGAUGCUACGAUGCUCCGUCCGGAGAUUGUUGAGUUUAAGCUUCGCAGGGAAGAUAGGUUGCCCACGAUGAUCGUACCUCUAACCAAGGAGUCUUCAUUUUUGGUUGUCACAAGCAUCUCCAUGGCAGUUUACCCUUCCGAUUCUUCACACCCGCGACCAAUAAAAUACCCGCUCAUAGCACCCGAUGCUACUUUCAAGGAGGUCUCGCUCUGGACCCAAUGGGCACGGCCUGCCCGUAACUGGCUUUACAGUCAAAAAUUCGAUGGAAUCUACCUCUGCCGCGAAGAUGGCUGGAUUUAUUACCUCGAGUUUGGUAAUGAAGGCGGCCUAGAAACCCAGACCAGUUUGGGCCAACUUCACUGCGAUGUCGACUCUGCAUUUGACGUCCUGGACAUGGGUCACGAGGGAGGUGACUUCAUUCUGGCCGCCGGAAGUAUGGGUGAUGGUGGCCUAUUCAUUCAAGAGGCACGGAAUAAACCUCAGUGUGUUCAAAGAUUUCUUAACUGGGCUCCAGUCACAGAUGCGGUCAUGGUGCCAUCAAAAACGCAUGAAAAUGUCCAAUGCGACGUGUCGCGAGAUCGCCUAUUUGUCAGUUCCGCAUCGUCCGCCUCCGGGGGCAGCGCACUCCAUGAACUUCGGCAUGGAUUCGAGGCCCAAGUAGGCUUCGCUGUUCCCCUUGAUGAUUUCUCUAGCAUACGAGAUAUGUGGGCCUUCAGUGACGAUGCCAACCGAGGCGUCUAUGUCAUGCUUUCUGACCCCAUGUCCACUCUGCUUCUCUACAUGAACCCUAAUCUUGAGGAUGGUAUCAGUGCGCUGGAUGACACCGAGACAGGCCUUGACAGUGCACAGACACUGGCAGCUGGCUGCACUCCCACAGGCGUCCUCGUGCAAGUCACACAAAAGGCCACGCACCUUUUUGUUCCUCAUAGUACUUCUUCCAAUACCUUCAUCCUACAUCAGCCGAACUCUACCGUCAUCGCAGUCACCGUUGAUGGCCCAAGCUCGGUUGUGGUCACCACCGUUCGACAGAACAAUGAACUCAAGCUUACACUCACUCGGGUUGUUGUGAAUGAUGCUCAUGCUGGCCUGCACACUAUUCAGACCGUCAAAAUUGACAAGGAGCCAGUAUGCCUGUCCCUUCAAACACUAGGAGACACAACAUUUAUCUUCAUGGGCACCAGCGAUGGCACGAUCAAAGUCUUUCACAUCGAAAACGAGAGGAUCAACUUCCUCUUGGAUGCCUGUGUCUCGAUUGAUUGCAAGGACGACAUUUCUCGUGCAAUAGAUAGUCUUGCAAUGAUUCGCCAAACUGAUCAGGGUGUUCUGCGUGCUCAUCUGCUAUGUGGCCUGCGGAGCGGCGUGCUAGUGCCGUUCCAGGUUGACUUCAACGCCCCAACUCUUAUCGGCAAGUCCAAGAAAUGGUCCAAGCCUAGAACCUUGAAAUUGAGCAAGACUAAUGCCAUAUUUAGCCACGGUGCUUUCGCUAUGCUUAUCUGCGAUAACGAGCUGUGGCGUGUAUCAACCAACCCCGAUGGCGUCCCGAAUGACUGCUUCCUUUCGCGGGUUUGGAUCACAGAACAGAGCAAUCCUGCGUAUUUCCCUACCAGCAUUCACGGCUUUGGAAUGAUCAGUGAACAGAGUCAAGAAGCCGGCCUUUCAAUAGGGCCGCUAUUCUGUUUUGCAGAUCGACAGCUUCUUAUAUGCUCACUGGACCGCGAACGCAAGAUUGUGCCUCGACGAAUUGGCGUGCCUGGCACGGCUAGGAAACUAGUCUAUUCACCAAAUCUUCAUAGACUUAUACUGGCUUACGAUAAGGCUGAAGUCGAAGAACCCAGCAGACCUGGUGAUAUUACGAUGCGAUCAUGUCUGGCAUUCGUACUUCCGGACGCACAGGAACCCGUCAAUCCACUAGACCAACCGUUGAUGCCCCGUGCGUCCCCGGGAGAGAGAAUCACUUGUAUGAUGGACUGGAUGUUCGAAAGAGAGGGGCAUAUGUAUCAUUUCAUCGUGAUUGGAACGGGGCUCUCAGCAACCGUUGAUUUCGGACCGCGAGGCCGACUCAUCCUGAUGUCCGUACCCCGUGAUCCACAGGAUCCCUCCAAAGUGCGAUUCGUGACAAAGCAUGUUCAGGACUGCCUUGACGGUCCGGUGCGAUCGAUUGCAGCCUAUGGCAAUACACUGCUUAUAUGCACGGGGAGGAUCAUUCGUCCCAUUGCCCCCAGUGGUGCGUCCGUCAAAUGGGCGUCUAAUAGCUGGCAGGAACUUCCCUCCCCAGCGGUGGCAAUUACCGUCUCAAAGCCAUUCGUCUAUGUUACUACUGCCCGGCACGGAUUCGUCGUCUUGGAAGUUCUUGACGACGGAAUUGGACACCAUCUCUUGAAAUUGCGUGCUCAUGAUUCGAAGCCUCUCGACGGACUGGCUCACUAUGUGACCGCUGGCGAGCCUUCUCUUGCUUUCUUAAGCACUCGCGGUGGCAACGUCCGUGCCGGGAGACUUUCAAGUAAUGCUGAGCUCCGCACUACCCAAGUAUUUGUGCCCCCGGCACCGGAAGAGGCCUCGGUAUGGGAUUCCAUUCUACAGUUUGUCCCUAGCUCCAAGGGCGACAUUUUCCCCAAGUCGUCCCGGGAGAGAGGCGGUGCAAUCUACGGCAUUGCUCUCAAUGGAUCGGUCUGCCGGUUCUCCAUGCUACGAGAGGAUGAGACACGCCUUCUACUCGCAUUGCAAGACUUAUGCCGAAAGGACGAAGCUCUCUUUACGUCCCUAGCUGCGCGCGAAAAACGCAAGAAGCCCACUUGGGCCGAUCCUAAGAAGGACAAUUCCCAGGUGGACGGGGAUAUCCUGAUACGCCUGGCUCGGCAUAGGGCGGAUUACCUAGAAGAUCGAAUCCAUGCACUUGAUCAAAAGCGAGGAUCUCCCAUCUAUGAGCCUUUCAUGCGCAAUGCAGCGCUCAAAGCUUUGGGGCCUUCGGACAACUAUGCCCAGCAAGUCGUUGGAUGGCUUCGACAGCUGCUUCAUGUCGAGAUCUGA